AUGAAUCAGCAGUCACCCCAAGAAAGAGCCGAGGCCUUGAUCGGCGCUCUAGAAAAGUACGGCCAAGGCGACUACAUCGGGGAGUCUAUUAGUCAGUUAGAACACUGUCUACAGGCAGCUCACCAGGCCCAUAAAGCAGAUGCUCGUGAUGAGUUAGUAAUUGCAGCUUUAUUGCAUGACAUUGGUCAAAUCAUUCCGCUGGAAUCCACGAAGGAGGCUCGCAUGAAUCUUCGCGAAAGCAACGAAAAUGUCGGCCGGAUCGGUCACGAAGCCAUCGGGGCAUCAUAUCUUCAGUCUCUUGGAUUCAGCGACACAGUGUGUCGCUUAGUAAAUAGUCAUGUCGCUGCGAAGCGGUACCUUACUGCUGUUAACCAAGGAUAUUACGAUUCUCUAUCAUCUGCCUCGCAAAAAUCACUAGCAUUCCAAGGCGGCCCCUUCCGAGAUGCGGACCUUAAAGACUUUGAGGAAGAUCCGCUUCGAGAUGAGAUGGUUUCACUUCGACUGUGGGAUGAUGCUGCAAAAUUGGAGGGAGUUGAGGCUAUCACACCCCGAGCUGGGGUAUAUCUGGAUAUGAUCAUCGCACAUUUGCUUCGUGAAAACUGA